AUCAUUCCAUUUUUUUUACAAUAAACAAGCUGUGAACUUUAAGAGUAUUCUUUUACAUCCAAUAUUUCUGUGAAAUUGCACAUGCAUCAUUUAAUAUAUAUUGCCAAAGUUGGUAAGAAAGAACGAAUGUCAAGAAGCUGCACGUUGUUCAUCAUGUGGUCUCCCUUGUCACAGGUUUUGGAAACGAAAAGCGGUCGUCUAUUUCUCUCUCUGGGGGAAACAAGCAUCAAUCCAGGUUCUCAUAGAUCUCGUAGAAGGGGGCUUUAAAAACCAUGAAGCCCUUAAACUUCGUCAAUAGCUUCGAUCCAUACGCAGCCAGACUAGAAGAGGCCAAGGCGCGAAGAAAGCGCUGCGUUAUCAUCUCCGCCAUAGCCACAUUGCUGCUGCUCGUCUUGGUUCUAGGCAUAGGGAUUGGAGUCUCGGUCACCAGAUCCCACCAGAGGUCGGAGAGCUCUUCCAAUCGCCAGGGGGCAAACGCUGGAUCAUCCAACUCACUGCUCGCGCUUUGCAACAGGACGGCAUUUCCCCCAUCCUGCAUUUCCUCUCUCUCUGCCUAUCCCGACGCUCCAGGCGCCAAUCCCAAGAAGCUAGCUCUGCUUGGAAUCACAGCCGCGGUGGAGGAAGUGAAGAGAUCCCUGGCUCUCGUCCACAACAUCUCCAGCGAGCUGGAAACCCAGACCAAUCUCGUCAACCUCACCACCAUGGACGCACUGGGCGACUGCUCCGACAAUCUUCUCGACUCACUCGACCACCUGGAUCACUCCAUGUCGGAGCUCGACACCCUCGACCUCAAAUCCUUUCGGGGCUUCUCGCCGUCCAUGGAGAACAUCCAUACCUGGCUCAGCUCGGCGCUCACAUUCCACACCACCUGCGCCGACGCGAUCGAAAGCGAGCGGCAGCAGGAGAAGCUGUUGCCACUGCAAGCAAGAUCCGAGUACGUCCAGGAGAUCCUCACGAACGCUCUCAGCUUCUUCGUCGCGUUCAAGGCCCUCUUGGACAAGACCUUCCCGGGAACUCCAACAAGAAGGAGAUUGCUCAGCUCGCCGCCACUGGGCUCUCUCCCAGAGUGGAUCACAGAUGCCCAGAGGCGGCAUUUGCUGCAACAAGGGGGAUCCAGCGAGAUGGCGCCCGCAAAUGCCAUUGUCGCGAAAGAUGGCAGUGGUCAGUUCGUGUCCAUUCAAGAGGCGAUUGACGCGGCACCGCUCAAGAGCCGCACAAUGCAUGUGAUAUACAUAAAGCAGGGGAUUUAUGACGAGGCAGUGGUAGUACCCAAGGCAGUGACUAAUCUCGCCUUCCUGGGCGAUGGAAUUGACAAGACGAUCAUCCAGGGCCAAAGAAGCGUCGCUGGAGGCUCCACCACCUUUGGCUCUGCCACCCUCGCGAUCAAUGGGCGAGGAUUCGUUGCCAGCCACUUGAGCGUACGAAACCUGGCCGGACCCAAAGGUCGCCAAGCAGUGGCCGUCCGGGUGAGUGGCGAUCAAGCAGCCUUCUACCGGUGCUCCUUCAAUGGCUACCAGGACACCCUGUACGCUCACUCGAGCCGGCACUUCUACAGAGAAUGCGUUGUCUCCGGGACCGUCGACUUCAUCUUUGGAAACGCUGCAGCAGUCUUCCAACGGUGUAACAUCCAGGCACUGCUCCCGGAUCCUGGCCAGAACAUCAUGAUCACGGCGCACGGCCGCGUCACCGAUCUCCAAAACACGGGCUUUAGCUUCCAUGGCUGUCGAGUGGAAGGCUCCGGUCGGCUGGUGGCGCAGAGUCACAGAUUCCCUGCGUACCUGGGGCGCCCCUGGAAGGACUACGCUACCACCGUCUUCAUGCAGUCGGACAUCGGCGGGAUAAUCUAUCCGGCUGGCUGGAGCGAGUGGGAAGGAGCACCGCUUCACAGAUACAAGACCGUCUUCUUUGGCGAGUACCUCAACACCGGAGCAGGCGCGUCUCAAUCAGGCCGAGUGUACUGGAGCGUUCCAAGCCUCACCAUGGACCAGGCCCGGGAGUUUACUGUCGGGAAGCUCAUAUCUGGUCUCGACUGGCUGCCUUACAGUGGAGUCGUCUUCGCCAAUAAUCUCUGAACGGCUGCACAAAAGGAGGAACUUAUAUAAGUAUUCUUUUCCCCGUUUCUUGCGAAGCAAAGAUUUACCUGACAGCUCCCAUGUACUGUCCCAUUCCGAAGAAAGCAUUUUGUAUCGCGAAGUGUCAUCCUCUCCUGAGAGGCGAUAUAAUUUCUCGCAUCCAUGUCACUUUUUCCAGAGGGCGAGGAGACUAGCGAAGCUUUAUAAGUUUGAUGUAGCCCUGGAACUGUCCGUGGGACUCUUGAAUAUAGCUGCUGCAGCAAGCGCUGGUAGGCACUUACGAGGCUUCUUGGCUCACAUGAAUUAUCGUAUAGAUAUAUAGCUCGCACGCAAGACGAAAUAGUUUGUGUCGGCUUUCGUCCGUGAUGUACACCGCCCUCCUGCAAUACAUGAUAGCUUUAUCAUCUGCUA